UUGCAGUUCGACCGUGGAAGCGUCGAAUACUGAUUUCGCGUCGCUGUAAGCAUUUUCAACUUUCCGACGCGUGCCGGACAAAUGGAUUUAAGUGUCGACGCGGUUUUUCGCGAGGACCUCGAGUUUGGUUUUCGCCCGUCGGUUUAGAUUUUGGAAACGGCUGUCGCCGUGAGAGCGACCGGCGUCCAGAUGUUUUCUGAAAACUUUCAGUAAAAGAAACUUUGAGUUAUUUGGUGUACGCAUGAGAGGGGCGAAACGAAAGGAAGAGCGCAGCGACAUGACGCAUCACGAAAACCUCUCCAUGAUGGACACGGUAACCACUAAAUACGGCCGGACCAGCUUCGUUACUGUCUCGCGCACCCUGGCCAUCAUCUUGGUAGUCAUCUUCUUCAUAUGCCUCAUCGCCACAGGCCUGUUGGUAUACAGCUUCACCUCUACGUGUCCCAAAAACGAGACGAGACUUGGGGACGCAGAACAGGUAUCGAGGACGACCUCGUGUUCCGUACAAGUGAAGCAAGAGGAAGCGGUGUCCACCACGAUGCGCGCCGUCGUCACUCUUCCUCCACCUUCCACCACUUUCAAGACUGACGGCGCAUUGGAUAUCGAUAAGGAUUUGGAUAUCAGACUGCCAAGGUCCAUCAAACCUCGCUCAUAUAGGCUGCACCUGACGCCGUUCUUGGAACAGGGCAAUUUCACAUUCCACGGCAAAGUCACGAUCCUCGUCGAAGUAACAAAGACCUGCAGCAACAUAACGUUGCACGCGCAGGACCUCAUUAUAGACACGGUUAGUGUGAUGGACGCCGGCAAUAACACCGUGUCGAUCAAAGACGUGCGAACUGUGUCCGCAAAACAGUUCUUGGUGAUAGAUCUAGAUGAAGAAUUAGUGGAAACAAAUCAGUAUUACGUUUUCGUAGUGUUUAAGGGUGUACUUAACGACAUGCUGCAGGGCUUUUAUCGAAGCAGCUACGUAGAGAACAGCGUUACUAGGUGGAUAGCUGCCACCCAGUUCCAAGCGACAGACGCGAGGAAGGCAUUUCCCUGUUUCGACGAGCCCGCUUUAAAGGCCAAAUUCCAGAUCAGUAUCGCGAGGCCGAAGAAUAUGUCGUCCAUUUCGAAUAUGAGAAGGAUGGAGACAUCAGACCAUGUAGAUAAUUUGCCGGGGUAUGCGUGGGACCACUACGAGGAGAGUUUACCAAUGUCCACGUACCUGGUGGCAUUCGUCGUGUCAGACUUUCAGCACAUCAGCAACGGCAAUUGCUCGAUAUGGGCCCGACCCAGCGCUCUAUCCCAAGCCCAGUACAGCGUCAAGAUAGGACCGUCGAUCCUCAAAUACUACGAGCAGUUCUUCGGAAUCGAAUAUCCGCUGCCCAAGUUGGAUAUGGUCGCGAUUCCAGACUUCUCAGCAGGCGCCAUGGAAAACUGGGGUCUGAUCACCUACAGGGAACCGGUUUUGCUGUACGAGAACGGAGUGUCGAGCAAGUCCAGUUUGCAGAGGAUCGCUCACGUAGUCGCCCACGAACUGGCCCACCAAUGGUUCGGCAAUUUGGUGACGCCGGCUUGGUGGGAAGAUCUCUGGUUGAACGAGGGCUUCGCUACGUACGUCGAAUUCUUAGGAGCCCACGCGGUUCAACCAAAAUGGAAAGACUUGGACUUAUUUUUGGUCAGCGAGCUCCACGAGUCGUUCACGCUAGACUCCUUGAAGUCAUCGCAUCCUAUUUCCGUUAAGGUGUACAACCCCGACGAGGUAAACGACAUAUUCGACAGGAUUUCGUACUCGAAAGGUGCCUCCAUAAUUAGGAUGAUGCAGCAUUUCCUCGGCCAAGAAGUAUUCCACAAAGGGUUGAAUACCUAUUUGAAAAACAGGAUGUACGGUAGUGCCGAACAAGACGACCUAUGGUACACUCUCACCCAAGAGAGCCAGGCGAGCAAAUCCCUGCCGGAUGGUACAACGGUGAAACAGAUUAUGGACACGUGGACCUUGCAAACCGGCUACCCGAUAGUGACGGCAAUGAGACAACCCGACAGAUCUGUAACGCUGAUCCAGCAACGGUUCCUCUUAGACAGAGACGAACAGCACGAAGACGACACCUUGUGGUGGGUUCCCAUCACCAUUCUGGACAGCCAAGAUCGCCAAACCAACGCGUGGUUGAGCAACGUGAAAGAAACUACCGUGGAAAACGCGCUUGACGCUGACGUCUCGUGGUUCUUGAUCAACGUGAACCAAACCGGGUACUACAGGGUAAACUACGAGGUCGAGAAUUGGAAGAAAUUGAUGAACCAACUCCUGGGCAACGGUCACGUUAUUUUCACCCCUACGAAUAGGGCGCAAAUGUUGGACGACGCUCUGAACUUGGCCUUUGCCGGGUACCUUAGCUACGACGUCGCCCUGAACGUGACGAAGUACCUGGUCAACGAGAGAGAGUACGUAGCGUGGAAAGCGGCUCUGAACAACUUCGAGUUCUUGCACAAUAUGCUCGUGAGGACCGCCCAUUUUGAUAAGUUCAAGGUGUAUAUUACGGCACUACUCCAAGAUUUCUACGAAGAACUGGGAUUCAAAGAGGCUAGUAAAGAGGACCCGACGAGAGUACUGAACAGGAUGGAAAUUAUAAACCAAGCUUGCAAACUGGGAGUGAAGGACUGCGUGUUGCAAGCGGUUCAGCAGUUCCAGAAUUGGAGGAACAGCGCCAAUCCUGAUAAGGAAAAUUUCAUCAACCCCGACCUGCGCGAAACUGUGUACUGUACGGCCAUCGGCGUAGGUGGUCUGGACGAAUGGGACUUCGCCUGGAGCCGCUACCUCAAGACCAACGUGGCGACCGACAAAGAAAUUUUGCUGUCGGCGCUGGCCUGUUCCAAGGAAACCUGGAUACUGAGCCGGUACCUGGAAUGGUCCAUAACGGACAACUCCGGAAUACGGAAACACGAUAUCGCGAGGGUAUUCGCUGCGGUGUCGGCAAACCCCGUCGGACACGACUUAGCUUACAAGUUUUUGAAAAGCAAUUGGAAUAGAAUCCGCGAACAUUUGGGUCCAUCUUCAAUGUCUUUGAGUAGUUUGGUGAGAACGUCGACGGCAAAGUUCAACACGGACGAAGAGGUCGAUGACUUCAAGUCCUUUUUCCAGAGGAAGAAGGAGGAGUUUGGUAUCGCGACUCGAACCGCGGAGCAAUCUAUCGAGCAAAUAGAAGCGAAUACCAGGUGGAUGAAAAAACAUUAUCAAUCGAUCGUCAACUGGCUGGAAAAUUUUAAAAACGGAUAUUUUAACGGAUGAAAACUGAACUAGUUUAAACUCUUAAGAGGACGAGGUGUAAAUAUUUUUCCCGUCAACAAUUUGUGAAAAGGGAAACGAAUGGAUCGUGUAAUUUAACAUCAUGCUUUAUGCUCAAUUUUGUUAUUUAGGAAAGGGGAUUGGAAUUUAAUGGAAAUUUAUAUAUGAUUCUUCGUACAUUGUGUAAUAACGUAGUAUCAAAAAUUUGUGAGGCUUUACUGUAAAAUAAAUAUUUCUAAAA